GCCACGGAUGGAUGCCACAGUAAAUCCCUCACUUUGGGCUCUGAGCGGCAGGCUGCGCGCUGCCCAUGCCAGCGACGCACAUGAAGCCGGACUAAGACUGAGGCGCACCAAGAAGCGCAGUUGUCAACUUAACUGGACCCAAAGCAGAUUUAAAAUGAAUGAAGGACUAGAGAACAACUCCACUCAUCUGUAUGACAACUGGACGCUUUCUAACUCCUCUGUGGAGUAUGUCACACCCAGGAAGAACAUCACAUAUGUAGGAUACUACCUGCACCUGCCAUCCACCGCAGCCAUCUUCAUCGUGUCCUACCUGCUAAUCUUUGUGGUGUGCAUGGUGGGAAAUGGAGUGGUGUGUUUUAUUGUGCUGAGAAGCAGAAACAUGCGGACUGUGACAAACCUGUUCAUCCUGAAUCUCGCUGUGAGCGACCUUCUGGUGGGGAUUUUCUGUAUGCCCACAACUCUUCUUGACAACAUCAUUACAGGAUGGCCUUUUGGAAGCUUGGUCUGCAAAAUGAGCGGCAUGGUUCAAGGGAUUUCAGUUUCAGCCUCCGUCUUCACUCUGGUUGCCAUUGCAGUUGACAGGUUCAGAUGCAUCGUCUACCCAUUCAAGCAAAAGCUCACCAUAUCAACAGCAACACUGAUCAUCGUCGUCAUCUGGGUCCUGGCGAUAUCCAUCAUGUGUCCCUCUGGUGUGAUGCUGCAGGUGACCAAGGAGCAAACCGUCCGGGUCUUACUGGGCUACAACAACAAGACAAGCCCCUUUUACUGGUGCAGAGAGAACUGGCCGAACCAGGAAAUGAGAAAAAUCUACACCACGGUCCUGUUUGCUAACAUCUAUCUUGCCCCUCUUUCCCUCAUUGUGAUUAUGUAUGCCCGGAUUGGGAUUACGCUCUUCAAAACAGCUGUUCCGACAGGAGGAAAGCCAGGCCAGGACAACCGCCACAACGUAUCAAAGAAGAAGCAAAGAGUGAUAAAAAUGCUCCUCAUCGUUGCUCUGCUUUUCAUCCUUUCAUGGCUGCCUCUUUGGACUCUUAUGAUGUUGAGUGACUACGCGAGCCUGACAGAGCAACAGUACAGGAUUAUCAACAUUUACAUCUACCCCUUCGCACACUGGCUGGCCUUCUUCAACAGCAGCGUCAACCCCAUCAUCUAUGGCUUCUUCAAUGAGAAUUUCCGGAGAGGUUUCCAGGCCGUGUUUAAGUUCAGUCUGUGCGCAGCGGAUGGACAGCGAAGGAAAAGCUACUCACACAGACUGCAGGGGAACUCUGUGCUGCCAGCUAAUAACGUACAGACGUCCUUGGAGCCCAUUUCCCUGAACAGCCUGGAUAAGAACGCUGCCAGGCGAGUCAACCAUGUUCCUGAACGGGAACUGGUGAUGGAAGACCUGGAAAAGGGAUCAUGCAGUAGUGGUGGUGUGACUGCCGUGUCUAUCUGAUGACACAUGUUUUCUUAAUUGUUAUUUAAGGAUGUUAAAACUAAAUUUUGCUGUGCCUAUGUAAAGUAACACAUCCAAAUGAAUGGGUUUUAAAUGAUAAUAUCUAUCGUGCUUUUUCAGUGCGGAAUAAAGACGAGAAACAAACAUGGGAAAACUAGUUUAAAAGCUCAAAACGUACUCUUCUAAGUGAACACUUACCUUUGCUGUUUACUCUUGCAAACAAUUACGGUUCUUAAAAUGACCAGUAUAAAAAGAGGUUUCUCUUUAUGGUUUGUAUUUAAUUACAAUUUAUUGUAAAACUCAUUGUGCUGUUUAUACAGCACAUGAAUAAAUCAGUUAAAACAGUCAAGAAUAUUACAAGCUACUUUUAUCUCCACAGACCUUAUAAAAGUGUAUGUUAAUAUAUAAUAGAUGCAGUGAACAUGUAUGGACUGUGACACUUGCAGAGCAGAUUUCAGGAGUCUGAAUGACACAUUAGGUCUUGGGUCUAGUGUGUUGAGUUUCUGGAGUGAAUCAGUUAAAUACAUUUUUAAUUAUUAAAGAAAAGAGUGAAAGACAAUUGCAAAAAAAAUAUGCUAUCUUAACUAGAUAAUAAAAGAGAUUUAAAUUUA